UGAAGGACAACUCCACAUACUGUACACCAGACUCAGGAAGGUUAGUCCAAGAAAAGUUCAGUGUCGACAGUUGGGGAAAAAAGGAGUCAAGAUUGAAGGUCCAGGCGGUUGUUGGUCCAUCCAGACUUGGGUUCCUGUCCCGGAGAACACUGGCACUGCUUUCCAUCCACAGUGAGCAGACUGCCAAGCAGCAUGGCUGACAAAGUCAACGAGGACUCGGAUCGUAACCCCGGGAAAGAUGAGCUGGAGUGGGGCUACGAGGAAGGUGCAGGUGAUGUUGCCCACACAGGUGUAGAGUGGGGACUCCAUUUCCCAGCAGCCAACGGGGAGUACCAGUCCCCCAUCAACCUCAACUCUAGGGAGGCUCAGUACGACCCCACCCUGCUGGAUGUACGUCUGGCAUCCAACUAUGUGGUGUGUCGCGACUGUGAGGUCAUCAACGAUGGACACGCCGUGCGCAUUAUUCUCAAGUCCAAGUCAGUGGUCAGCGGGGGUCCACUGCCUGCUGACCACGAGUAUGAACUUCAUGAGGUUCGCUUUCAUUGGGGCAAGGAGAACCAGAGAGGAUCCGAGCACACUGUCAACUUUAAGGCCUUUCCUAUGGAGCUCCAUCUGAUCCACUGGAACACCACCCUGUUCAACUCCCUGGAGGACGCUCUGGCCAAGAAGAAUGGAGUCCUCAUCGUUGCUCUUUUCGUGCAGAUCGGCAAGGAGCAUCUGGGUCUGAAAGCCAUCACCGAGGUUCUGCAGGACCUGCAGUACAAGGGGAAAAGCAAGAUCAUUCCCUGCUUCAACCCCAACAGUCUCCUGCCUGACCCACUAUUGAGAGACUACUGGGUGUAUAAAGGAUCUCUGACAACACCGCCCUGUAGUGAGAACGUGACCUGGAUCCUCUAUCGCUACCCUCUCACCAUAUCACAGUUGCAGAUUGAGGAGUUCCGGAGACUGCGGUCCCACGUGAAAGGUGCAGAGCUGGCAGCUGAUGGCAGCGAUGGCAUGUUGGGGGACAACUUCCGCCCCACCCAGCCGCUCAGUGAUCGCACCGUGCGUGCAGCUUUUCAGUGAUUCUGACCUUCUGCUGCCACACCACCAACCACCCACUCACAAAGGCAAGCAAGAUGAAUGUCAGCUUCCUGUCCCUGAGGAACCCGUCCUCUGGAACCUCAUUAUAAUGGAUCAGGUCCCGGAAGAUCUAGCCCAGUUCACUUACUAAUCUGGCAUAUGUGCUAGAGAGAUAUUUGGCAUUUAGAGCGGGAGCAUUGUCUUUACCUCUCAGAGACUAAAAGCUACUAAUAACCCAGCAAGCACAAGACAUUGAUACAACCUUGAUUAUACGUACAUGUCCUUUAAAAGUGACUUUCAAACAACGUCGCAAAAUACUUUGAUUUGGUAAUUGAGACAACGUUGAUGUCCAACGCUGGAUCCACGUUGUUGGUCGGGAAUCAAGGUCACAACCUGACAUUGAAUAAACCUUGUCAAAAAGCAUGUUGUUUCAAUGUGUGUUGUAGAAUAAUGCUUGGGAAAUGAGCAUAUUUCAAUGUUGUAUUUGUGUUGUAGAAUAAUGCUUGGGAAAUGAGCGCAUUUCAAUGGUCAAAUCAACGUCAGAACCCAAAAUUGUUGAAACAAAAAGCAUGUUGUUUCAAUAUUAUGUUCAAGUUGCCCAACGUCAGGACCUAAUUGAACAAGUUCUUAACUGUCUUGUGCCUGCUGGGAACGUUUUAUCAUUCUAUUAUUGUUAUUUAGUGUAUUACGGACAACCAGCGUCCUCCACAGUAGACAUUUGAUUUCGUACUUCUAGGAGUGUCUCUUACAAGUUUAGUGAACAGAAGUCAGCAGUUGAAGAGCCCAAAUGCUGAAAAAGAGAGGACCUAAGACGGACCCCUGAGGAACACCAGCAGUAUAAGUAAAGUUGAACAAAUGUGAAGUAAACAAGCUACAUCAGGGGGGUCAAACUGCUUUUCAUUGAGGGCCACUUUGCAGUUAUGGCUGCUCUCAGAGGGCCACUUCUUCCAGUGAAUAAAUAUGAAUGAUAAUGUAUAAUCGCCUCAAUGUGUUAUUACACAAUUCCCUAUGGAUUUCAUCAUUCCAUUUUUCACAUACAAAUUAAUCAUGAGUCAGGAAGAAAGGCAUUUUA